AUGGCUGAUUUCCUCACGAGGUUGCCGGCCCCCCGCGCCUCUCGUCUGUGCGUCUCAGAUGCUUCUCUCGGUUCUUAUUCUUUGUCUACUGCGCCCAUUCGUCCUUUGAAAUCUACCAGCAACAAUAAAAGCAGCAUUUCUAUACCCCCUUAUCUUCAUCGCCAAGGUUUUGUGCCAAAAUGCGAAGAAGACUUCGGAGGCGGUGGCUCCUACCCCGAAAUAUUCGUCGCUCAGUUUCCGCUGGGCAUGGGCAAAAAUAUGGAUGGAGGCCUCUCCAGCUCGACGCUUCCACUGCAAGUGGGAGCAGACGGCCGCCUUGCUUACGAUUUGGUCGUUAGACAUGGUUCAAAUAAAGCAGUCGUCUAUACAGGCCCAGAAAGCGCCAAUGGAUUGCAGCUGCAGGGAGCUGCAGCAGCAGCAGCACGGGAAAUACCCGGCAAAGAAGAAGAGGAAAAAGAAUUGCUGAAAACCAAACAAGCCAUCGAAAAAGAACUCGAAAAGAAAAGCAACGCUGGAAGAGCACAGCCCCAACAUAGAGAAGCAGAAUUCGUCAGAUAUACCCCAGCUAAAAUGGUAGAAGGGCAUAACAGUGGCUGCGCGCAGCGGCUGCUACGACUUGAGGACUUACCCGUUGAUCCUUUGGAGCCCCCUCGCUUUAAACACAAAAGGGUGCCAGCAGCUCGUUUCUCUCCUCCUCCUCCUGUUUUGCAUUCUCCUACAAGGAAACUUACGCUGCAGGACCAGCAGGACUGGAAGAUUCCCCCUUGCGUCAGCAACUGGAAAAACCAAAAGGGGUAUACAAUACCUCUUGAUAAGCGUGUUGCUGCAGACGGCAGAAACUUGCAAGAUGUGUCAGUGAACGACAAAUUUGCAUCCCUUUCCGAAGCACUUUACAUAGCGGAACGGCAGGCUAGAGAAGAGAUUAGACUCCGCAACGAAGUUAAAAAACAAAAGAAAAUCCGCGAAGAAGAACUCAGAGAACAGCAACUCAGACAACUCGCCGCUCAGGCGAGAGCAGAAAGAGCCCAGUUGCUGCAGCAGUCGAGGCGCGCUGCUGGGGCGGAUGCGGAAGAGGAGGCAGAACGGCAGCAACGAGAACAAGUGGCGAGGGAAAGAGAGAAAGACAUUGAACGCGCAGUUCGCCUGGAGAGAAGCAGAGGAAAACGCCGAGAUGAUUCUCAAAGAGACAUCAGCGAGUUGGUGGCCUUGGGGCUGCCGGUGGACGCGAAGAAACAACGCACCGACUCCAUGUUUGAUGCGCGUCUCUUCAACCAAGCAGGGGGAACUGACUCGGGAUACAAAGGAGGAGAAGACGACACAUACAACUUGUAUGAUCGCCCCCUGUUUGCCCAACGAGGAGGUGCAGGGAUUUAUCAAUUCAGCCGCGACAGGUUUUCGAGUUCUGUCGGGGAAAACUCGGAAUUGGCUUCGUUUGCUGGUGCUGAUAAAACAAGGUACACGAGGACGGGCCCGGUGGAAUUCGAAAAGGACGUGUCAGAUCCGUUUGGCCUGGACAAUCUUCUUUCCGAGGCCCACAAGAAGUAA